GGCCGUUCUUUCCAGCUCGCCGCUCAGUCUUUCUCUUCUCGUGUCCUGUCGUCGUCGUCGUCGUCUCCUCUCUCCGCUUCUCUUUAUCAUCAGCGGCGGACAUCAGCCAGCCAAGAUCGAAACAAGGCACCGGCAGCAACGCGAGAAGCUCGUUCGUUCCUUGAAGCCAGGUGCCAGCCAUGAUCCCCCAGACGUCCUCGGUCUCUUCGUCGGCGUCGGCGUCGGCGGCGCCCACGCCGCCGGUGUGGCCCAGCCCCAGCGGCAGCGGCGGCGACGGGAUGUUCCCUGGCUCGGUCAGCAACUCGGGGGGCCAGCAGCAGCUGGCCAUCAGCAACGGGGUGCUCCUGGCCGCGGUCAUCUUCCUCUUCAUGGUCGUCGUCUUCGUCUUCCUGCUCUACCUCUACGCCAAGCGCUACCUGGGUGCGAACCCGCUGCUGGCGCCGACCUCGCCGUCGUCGCGGUUCCUCUUCGUCGCCGCGUCGCCGCUCCCGCAGCGCGGCCUGCCGGCCUCCGUCCUGCGCUCCCUCCCCGUCACCGUCUACGCCGCCGCCGGUGCCGGCUCCCCCAGGGACAAGGAGAAGGCGGACGCGCUGGAGUGCGCGGUGUGCCUGUCGGAGGUGGCCGACGGCGAGAAGGUGCGGACGCUGCCCAAGUGCGGGCACGGGUUCCACGUGGAGUGCAUCGACAUGUGGUUCCACUCCCACGACACCUGCCCGCUCUGCCGCGCCCCCGUCGGCGGCGCCGGUGCCGGCGAACUCGACGCGCUGCCGCGGGAGGAGCCCUCGGGCGCGUCGCUGGAGUUCCCCGUGUUCCCCACCAACGUCCUCUUCUGGGGCACCAACGACGAGGUCACCAACGCCGGCCUCGCCACUCCCCCACCCCCGCCGCCGCACCCCAUCGCCAGCGCCGCCGCGUCCGCGAGCUCCUCGGCCUCCUCCGGGCGAAGGAAGGAGAACCAGCUGGUCAUCGACAUCCCGACGCGGCCCGUGGCCCUGAACACACCGCCCAUGAACUCCCCGCUGCCGGCGAGCCGCAUGCCCGGGACCGCCGACGACAUGCGGUCCCCUGUCUCCGCCAGGCUGCGGUCGCUGCGCCGGUUGCUCAGCAGAGGCAAGCAGGCCGUGGUCGGCACCUCCUCUUACAGCCCGAGCCCGCGCGGCGGCGCCGGUGGUGACAUCGAGCAGGGGAUCGCCGGAGCCGACGCCGCCCGCGCUCCCAAGACGCCCAAGACGCCUCCGUCGUCGGCGAACUGAUCGUCCAGAUCCCCGGCUCCCGAGCUCCGUGACGCAUUUGGCUGCACUCGCCGAUCACCGGAGCGCGCACAUGCGUUCAUUCUUUCUUUCCCCCUUUUUCUUUACUCUUCUUCUUGAUUUGAAAAAAGGAAUUUUUUGGUCAAAAAUUCCCGUGUAAACAGCAGAAAAGAGACUGAUGUGGAUUGGUUGUUGUUGGGGGGGAUAAAUGUUGAAUUUGUUCAUAUAUUAAGAGUUAAUCAAGAGACUUUUCUUGAAAUUUUGACUU